AUGAUACUUGCUGAUGUACCCUCAUCACCAGCUGCACAACUGAAGCAACAGAAAAGACCAUGCUGCAGUUUCAAUGGGUGUGUACACCUUUGCAAGAAGCUGCAAGUGGUCACUGGUGACAGCGGCUUCAAUGUGAGGCUAUGCAAUGGCACUGACAUGUUACUUGAGCCAGGGAUGAGUAACCCAACCAUAUUGAUCAAUAAAGUGACUCAGCAGCUUGGACACCCCACACAGUCACUGAUUGGCUGGCUGGUAAAAGAAUUUCUAGUGAAUAAGAACUGGAUCGUAGAGGUAAAAGCAGCAAAUCUGGCACAGAUCCAGCCCAAUAACACAGUCUUGGAAGUGGGCUUUGGACCCGGUUUGGGGCUCCAGGAAGCUCUCCAGUACCUAACUGGCUCUAAUGGUAAGCUGUAUGGACUUGACUACUCUGAAUACAUGCACAAAACGGCCACUAGGCGACUCCAGGAUCAGAUAACUUCAGGAAAAGUACAGCUUAUACUGGGCAGCGUGGAGGACAUCCCACUACCAGACUCCAGUGUGGACAGAGUGUUUCACUGCAAUUGUUACUACUUCUGGCCAGACCUCAAGAAGGGUUCUGCGGAACUUCUCAGAGUGAUGAAACCAGAAGCACUGAUGGUAACCACUCUCAGACUGAAUACUGUCAAAACAGGAGUCUCAUUUGGGCUCCUAAGAGGUAAGAUGUGGCAGCCUGAAUACUACAUGGAUGCCCUGCAGGCCACUGGUUUCAGAGAUGUGCGUAUGGAGGAGAUGGAAGACAAAGGGUUCAAGUUUAAUGCCAUUUUUGCUACAGCAUCCAAAUAA